CCCCGUGACGUCACACGCACGUGACGUCGCUGCCGCCCCUGGCCCCGCCCCCGGGUUAACCCGCGCCGCGCGUGCUCCGCGGCCUCUUUCGGCCCGCGCGCGCCAAGAUGGCGGACACGCAGACGGAACGCGCGUACCAGAAGCAGCCGACGAUCUUCCAGAACAAAAAGCGGGUGCUGCUGGGCGAAGGCGGCAAGGAGAAGUUGCCUCGCUACUACCGCAACGUGGGGCUGGGCUUCAAGACCCCCAAGGAGGCCAUCGAGGGCACCUACAUCGACAAGAAGUGUCCGUUCACUGGGAAUGUCUCUAUCCGAGGCCGCAUCCUCUCAGGUGUGGUGACCAAGAUGAAGAUGCAGCGCACGAUCGUGAUCCGCCGCGAUUACCUGCACUACAUCCGCAAGUACAACCGCUUCGAGAAGCGCCACAAGAACAUGUCUGUGCACCUGUCCCCCUGCUUCAGGUGUGUGCCCCUGUCCCUGUGCCCCUGUCCCCCUGCUUCAGGGACGUGCAGAUCGGGGACAUCGUGACGGUGGGCGAGUGCCGCCCGCUCAGCAAGACCGUGCGCUUCAACGUGCUCAAGGUGACCAAGGCCGCGGGCACCAAGAAGCAGUUCCAGAAGUUCUGACACCUGUGGGGAGAGGUGGGGGAGGAAUAAACAUUGGGAACGUGGA